AUGGAUGCAGCAGCUAUGGAUCCACAGCAGCGGCUGUUGCUGGAGCAUACAUAUAUGGCAUUGGAAAACGCCGGACUGCCUCUAGAGAAAAUAGCUGGAACAAAGACUUCAGUCUAUACCGGUAGCUUUUCUACGGACUGGCAACAAAUGCAAUACAAAGACGCCGAGGAGUGCAAAACGACAACUGCGCUUGGUGCUCAGGCGUCCUGCAACGCCAAUAGAAUCAGUUGGUUUUUCAAUCUCAAAGGAAAUAGUGCCAACAUCGAUACCGCUUGUUCCAGUAGCCUUGUCUGUCUGGACCUAGGCUGCCGUGACUUGCAAUCUUGCAGCGAAGACAUGACGAUUGUUGCUGGAAGCAACAUCAUACUGUCACCAGAUGUCAUGCAUUCACUAAGCAAUUUGAAUAUGCUUUCUCCAGAUGGGCAGUGUUACAGCUUUGAUCAUCGUGCUAAUGGAUAUAGCAGAGGUGAAGGCGUUGGAGUACUGAUUCUCAAGCGUGUGGCCGAUGCGAUUCGGGAUAAUGACACUAUCCGCGGUAUCAUUCGUAGCACAGGGUGCAAUCAGGACGGACGGACGUCCAGCCUUACCGUACCAAACCUCGAUAUGCAGACUCAGUUGAUCAGAGACACUUAUAAGAAAGCGGGACUAAGCAUGAACCCCACAAGAUACUUUGAAGCUCAUGGAACAGGCACCCCUGUUGGAGACCCAACUGAGGCUAACGCUUUGGGCUCCGCAUUCCGCCAGACUCGAACCGCGAUCGACCCACUGUGGGUUGGGUCUAUCAAGAGCAACAUCGGACAUCUAGAAGGCGCCAGUGGAGUCGCUGGAGUAAUUAAGGCGAUGCUAAUACUUGAGCAGGGGAUUAUCCCUCCGAAUACUAAUUUCGAGCGCGUUAAUCCCGAGAUAGAUACGGAGUAUCUGAAUAUUCAGUUUCCCCUCGAAGUCAAGCCGUGGCCAAGCGAGGGCCUCCGACGUGCUUCUGUCAACUCCUUUGGCAAUUCAGGAACCAACGCCCAUGUUGUUCUGGAUGAUGUCUAUCAUUUUCUUGAUGAGCAUCACCUGUCUGCCAAUCAUUUGACCGUGCAAACUCCGCCAAUGACCCCGUCCCUUGAGUCAAUCACAAUCAAUGUUGCCCGCUCUCUUUCCAUGCACCCGUCUCACUAUCCGACUUCCAGGGAAAUUAGGUCAAAGCUUCUGUUACUCUCCGCUAAUGAUAAGAAUGGCAUUUCGAGACAGGCAGCGGUCUACGCCAAGUAUUUCCAAGAAGGUGCAAGCAUGCAUGUUACGAGUACCAAUUACCUUGAUCAUCUUGCGUUUACCCUGGCAUCUAGACGAACCUCAUUUCCAUGGAGGAGUUUUAUCUUGGUCAGUUCUGUAGAUCAGCUCAAAGAUAUAGACAAGAGAAUUUCUACGCCAACAAGAGCCAAGCCCAAUCCUGGGCUCGGUUUCGUCUUUGCUGGCCAGGGCGCGCAGUGGGCCGGAAUGGGGCGUGACUUGAUGGUAUUCCCGGAAUUCAGUCAAAGUUUGAAAAUGUCAGAACAGGCCCUUCUCAGCCUCGGUUGUUCAUGGAAUUUGAGAGAGGAAGUCCUACGAAACAGCGACUCGAAUAUAGAUGCUCCGGAGCUCGCUCAGCCAUGCUGUACUGCUCUUCAGAUUGCGCUGGUCGAUCUCCUCCGAGCACUGAACAUAAGUGCUUCGGCUGUUCUUGGACACUCUUCGGGAGAAAUUGCAGCAGCAUAUUGCAUUGGCGCUGUUUCGAGAGCUUCCGCAAUCAAGAUUGCGUACCAUCGCGGAGCCGUUUGUGGCGCUCUGGCAUCUGGUUCGCUGGGCUUGCAAGGGUCUAUGAUGUCUGUUGGACUGUCCCCAGAAGGCCUUAAACCAUAUCUUGAUGGGCUAUCGGCUCACUUCGAAGGCCUUGACCUCACGGUCGCUUGCAUUAACAGCCCAGACAGUGUCACUGUAUCUGGGGAUCACAGGCAUAUUGAGGCUUUGAAUACUAUCCUGGACCGUAAGGAAAUAUUUGUUCAAAAGCUGGCAGUCAACGUUGCGUACCAUUCCGCACAUAUGCUACGUGUGGCGGACACAUAUCGGGAGGCAAUCCAGACACUAGAGCCCGGAACCGCGUCCGAAACGAAACCGGUAGCCAUGUUCUCGUCAGUCUCUGGAAGGCAACUUGCACCGAGCGAGCUCCUUGAUCCAGAGUACUGGGUAAGGAAUAUGGUGUCCCCCGUUCGCUUUAAAGAUGCAAUGACUGCCCUUGUUGCAUCAUCGUUCGUUCAGAUCCAGAAGAACCUCGACCUGGCGCCUCCGGAUCCAAUCGCGCUCGAUAUGUUUGUGGAAAUCAGCCCACAUAAAAGUUUACGCCGCCCUGUCAUCGACACGCUGCGAGAAUUGCAUAGUCCUGUGAGAAACUAUACCUCCCUCAUGAUAAAAGACUACAAUACGACUGCAACACUUCUUAGUUGCCUGGGUGAAAUUGCAUGCCUUGGGUAUCCGCUGCGCCUUGAGAGGGUAAAUGGUCUCAAUACUUCUAAUCAACAUUUUAUGGCAUUGCCCGAUUUACCCAAUUACGUUUUCGAUCAUUCCCAGAAAUACUGGGAUGAGUCCCGAUUGUCUGCAGAAUCGCGCCUGGGUGGGAGUGCAAAGCUAGAUCUGCUAGGAAAGCCAGUUGCAGACUGGAAUCCUUUUGAUCCUCGGUGGCGGAAUCAUCUUCGCACCUCCGAGAUGCCGUGGCUGGACGACCACAUCAUCAACGGAGUGACGAUAUAUCCUGGUUCAGGCAUGCUUGUCAUGGCAAUAGAGGCAGCAAAUUACCUCACAAAGGAGGACAGUGGGGUUACUGGUUUCGAAAUCGCAGAUGUUGUUUUCAAAAUGCCUCUUCAAAUCUCCGAAGAAACUGGAGGUGUUGAGACACAGUUUACAAUGCAUCCUGCCCGUGACUCCUCGAGACCUCUUGUUAAUUUCUCUGAAUUUCGCAUAUUUUGCUACAGCAACAAUGAAUGGCAGGAGUGCUGUCAUGGGCUUAUCCGAGCCAAGUACCAGGCAGACCAUGAUGACACAGGGUUCGACACAGCCAUUUCAAACCAGGAUGAGGUGAUGAUAUACAGGGAUGCUGCUUCAUCCAUCGAGCAGUCGUGCCACACACCCUUUAGUGAUCGGGAGUUUUACUCAUCUUUGGGAAAGAUAGGGAUGGUUGUAGGCCCUGCGUUUCAAUGUCUCAAGGACGGACAUUUCGAUGAUCAACACCGUGUGCAUUCAAGGAUCGGGCUUUUUCGUUGGCCACAAGAGCAGUUCCCACAGCCUCAUAUUAUUCACCCAAUAAGCCUUGACUGUAUCUUCCAUCAGUCCCUCGCCGGCUCUUCCAACGGUGGUAAGAAGGUUAUUCCCACUAUGAUUCCUACUUCUCUCCGACGACUUUUUGUCAGCAAGUUUGGCUUUAAUUAUCCAGACACCGAUGAGGUCCGUGGUUAUUCCUGGCCGGAAUCGAAAGAUCGUCGUGGAGCGUCGUUUAGCGGGUUUGCUACUCCAGCCACUAACGAUGCGCUCUUCGUACAAUUCGAUGGCUUGAGAUUGACGACUGUUGCAAGUGCCAAGGAGGGCCCCCUUUCAGGAUCAACGGAAGGCAAUCAAUUCGUCUAUAAGAUUGCGUAUCAACCCGACCCCGACCUUCUGUGUCUGUACCCAACCUCGGUUCUGCUUUGCAAAACCAGGUCAAUGAUGGAAAAGCAUGUUGACAUGCUUGCUCAUAAGAACGGCGACCUUCGCUUCCUUGAGCUGGAUAUGAGUGAUUCAGACUUGACACAAGAUUUGCUUCGAAUGCUGUGCAUGCAUGAUCAUGAUGGCGAGAUUAUAUAUCCAAGAUAUCGUUCAUUCACAUUUAGCGCAAGCUCGGACGAUAUCAUCAACAACAGGAAAGACGACCUUGACAACUUUCCGCUCGUAAAAUUUGUCCGCUCAUAUAUGUUGGUAUAUGCCUCUUCUAACAAUCAGCAGCUUCAAGAGUCUUAUGACAUCAUUUUGGCACGUAACCCUACACAAAAAAGCGACACUGCGUUGCAAAACAUGAAGAAGUUACUUUCCCCCGCUGGAAGAUUACUACUUCUCGCUGAGUCUGGUGACGACUCUCCCACCGAGCAUUGUCAAAAUGGCAAUACGUCGCAGAUCUCAUUUUGCAGCGGGCCAAUCGAUUCAGGGCUGCAAGAGAGCUCAGUAUUCACUAAGAUCAGCUCAAAAAUUGAAGGUGCAGAUACGACGAUUUUCAUGAUCAUGGAUGCAACUUCAACUGUACAGGCCGAUGCUUGUCGCCUUCUAGAGCGUUAUUGGAUGGAGUGUGGCAUCACCAAAAUUCAAUUUGGCUCUUUAGAAAAUGCAGCUGCUAUGGAACCGGGCGGCAAAUUUAUUUUUGUGGCCCUUUUGGAGCUGGACCAACCUUUACUAUAUGAUAUGGGGUCACAGACAUAUGACUCCUUGAAAGGGCUAUUCCUCGGAGCUACCCGCAUACUGUGGGUCACAUUCGCUGGAGGAACACAGGCAGGUAGGCCCGAAUAUCAUCUAAUUCAUGGUUUGACUCGUGCUCUUCGCCAUGAGAACUCGGCGCUAAAUGCCACCAUUCUCACACUUGAACCCAAAAAUGGUCAAUUGUCUGAUUGGCACUUGAGAAUUCUGACAAAAAUUGUCUCCGUAAAAGCAAUCGAUCCCAAGCCUUGGAUAUCUGAUAUCGAGUACCUCGAGUUGGAUGGAUGUUUACAAAUUCCACGUGUUGUCCCUUGUCCGACAGUCACCCAUACCCUCUCGAUCAGAUCGAGCCCCCACAACUCCGCUCUCAGACUGAUCAAAGACUGUCCACCACUCGAACUUACAUUAGGUUCGGUGGGUAUUUUAGAUUCGCUCAGUUAUACGGAAGAAAAUACAGAUGCCCUCGGACCGUUAGCGCCAGACGAGGUGGAAAUCCGCACCCAUGCAAUGGGCAUAAACUUCAGAGACCUGCUUAUUGCAUUGGGCCAGAUCCUCGACUCACCAAUGGGCCAGGAAUGUGCGGGCGUAGUUAUCCGUGCUGGUGCGGACACUUCACUCCAGCCAGGGGAUCGGGUGGUUCUCGCCGCCGUGUCGGCGUUCAAAACUGUUGCCCGGGGCAAAGUGGUAGCAAGAAUACCUGAUGACAUGCCGUUCACCACUGCCGCUGCCAUACCUGUUCAAUUUGGCACGGCAUGGGAGACACUCCAUCAUAUGGGGCGCCUGGAAAGAGGAGAGUCCAUCUUGAUCCAUUCUGCUGCUGGUGGCACAGGGCAGGCGGCGAUUCAAAUCUCACAACUACUGGGCGCCAUUGUAUUCGCUACCGUGGGGACAAUGGAGAAGAAGGAGCAUUUGAAAAAAUACUACGGUAUUCCUGAUGAUCAUAUUUUCUAUAGCCGAGACACAACCUUCGUCCACGGGGUCAAGCGUGCUACACGUGGACGCGGCGUCGACGUGGUCUUGAACUCUCUAGCAGGGGACGGCCUGCUAGCUUCCUUGGACUGCCUUGCACCUAGUGGUCGAUUCAUCGAGAUUGGACGGAAAGACAUCCACUCGAACUCAAAUUUGCCUAUGUUCUCGUUGAGCAAGAAUAUUUCUUUCAUUGUUUUUGAUGGCUCUAUGAUGCGACACCAGCAGCCAUCGCGGAGCUGCAGAGAUCUUCAGAAAUUGAUCGAUAUGUUUUGUCGGCGCGAACUUCGAUCAGUUCGUCCUUUGCACAUUCAUGAUGUCAGCGAGGUUGAGAAUGUUUUUCGGCUGCUGCAAAUGGGUAAGAGUAUGGGGAAAUUUGUUCUCGAAGUGACACCCGACUCGCAGGUGCAGGCUACACUCAAGACACGACCGAGCUUCCAAAUGGAUGCUAAUUCAACCUUUGUUUUGGCGGGCGGGCUUGGAGGCAUUGGUCGUGCCACAGCUCGUUGGAUGGCUGAACGCGGUGCGAGAAACUUGAUCUUGCUUUCGCGGUUCGGUCCUCGAAGCAAGUCUGCCAUAGAAAUGAUCAAUGACCUGAGGAAGAUGGGAGUUCGAGUGGAAACACCAGCUUGUGACGUGACAAAGCUGAGCGUAAUGAAAGCAACUUUUGAUAAUCUAACAUUGGAAAUGCCACCAAUCAAAGGCGUUGUUCAGAUGUCGAUUGUGGCGAGAAAGGACGCAGUCAACUGCAAGUCUCUAGGCUCCUGGAACCUUCAUACAAUCCUCCCCAAAGGAAUGGACUUCUUUAUCCUCCUAUCUUCAGCGUCCGGCCUUGCCGGAAUCAAGGGCCAGUCUAAUUACGACGCGGGAAACACAUACGAAGAUGCAUUCGCGCGAUACCGCGUAUCUCAAGGAGAAAAAGCCAUCGCACUCGAUCUCGGCGCGCUAGUAGACGAUGGAAUUCUAGCAGAAGAUCCCAAACUCCUCCGCCGAGUGCUUGCAUACGGUACUUUGGAGCCAAUCACGCGGGCGCGAUAUUAUGCCAUUCUGGACUACUACUGCAACCCGGAAAUGCCGGUUCUGGCUCCAUGCGAGGCUCAGAUCGGAAUCGGUCUAGGAGUAGGCGGCAGCGAUGGACUCGAAAGCAUCAAUUAUCAGCAGCAGCCCAUGUUGCAACCGCUGAUGCUUCUUGGUCAUAGGCGACAAGUAGCUACUGCUGCGGCUGCUGCUGGUCUUGCGGACAGCAAGCAUCUCCCGAGUAGUCGGGAACGACUGGCAGCAUCGACAUGUCCAGAUCAAGGCGUGGAAAUUGUCGCCGAAGCCAUCAUCAAGAAGUUGGCCAAGUCGUUGACAUCUCUGCAGGACGAAACAUGCAUCGAGAGAGAUCGGCCAUUGCGCUUGAUGGGGGUGGACUCACUUCUCGCAAUCGAACUGCGCAAUUGGAUCACUAGGGAGUUUGGCGUGGACAUUGCUGUUUUUGAGACCCAAGGGGCAUCUACCUUGCAGACAUUGAGUAGCCUAGUGGCGCGGCGCAGUCAUGAGAGCGUAAGCAACACACAUGAGGGCACCAAUUACCAAGCGGACGGAUUCUCUGUGGCCAAUUGA